ACAUCACUCAUGCAAUCACCUUUGAGAACUUCUCUUCAACUUCAACAAUUCUUCUACACUUCUUGUCCCUUCAAGUGAUACUGAAAGAAACAACAAUGGCCAAUUCUAUGAGCCUUCUCAUGCUCCUUUCCUUACUAGCCUUUGCUCCCUUGUGCCUCUGUCACAAGAAAAUGGGGGGUUACCUCUACCCUCAAUUCUAUGACUAUUCAUGCCCACAAGCUAAGGAGAUUGUCAAGUCCAUAGUUGCCAAUGCUGUUGCAAGGGAAACACGCACUGCUGCUUCGAUUCUCAGACUUCAUUUCCAUGAUUGUUUCGUCAAGGGUUGUGAUGCUUCAUUGCUGUUAGAUGGCAGUGGAUCCUUUACCAGUGAGAAAGUGUCGAAUCCGAACCGCAAUUCAGCUAGAGGAUUUGAAGUCAUUGAUGAAAUCAAACAAGCACUAGAAAAAGAGUGUCCUCAAGUAGUGUCUUGUGCUGACAUUUUGGCUCUAGCUGCCAGAGAUUCUACUGUCCUUACUGGUGGACCAAGCUGGGAAGUACCUUUAGGCAGAAGGGACUCAAGAAGUGCAAGCUUAAGUGGCUCCAACAAUAACAUUCCUGCACCAAACAACACAUUCCAAACCAUCCUAACUAAAUUCAAGCUUCAGGGGCUUAACAUUGUUGAUCUAGUUGCUCUGUCUGGGAGCCACACCAUAGGAAACUCCAGGUGCGCCAGCUUCAGGCAAAGACUCUACAACCAAACUGGUAAUGGCAAAGCAGACUUCACUCUUGACCCAAACUAUGCUGCUGAAUUGCGCACUCAGUGUCCUAAAUCAGGAGGUGACCAGAAUCUGGUUUUCCUUGACCCUGUCACACCAACAAAAUUUGACAACACCUACUUCAAGAACCUUUUAGCUUACAAGGGUCUGUUGAGCUCUGAUGAAAUUCUCUUAACCGCGAAUCAAGAAUCAGCACAACUGGUGAAGCUCUAUGCUGAGAGAAACGACCUCUUCUUUGAACAAUUCGCCAAGUCCAUGAUCAUGAUGGGGAACAUUUCUCCAUUGACUGGUUCAAAGGGAGAGAUCAGAAAGAAUUGCAGGGUCAUUAAUUAAGUAAUCAACACUUGAUAAAGCAAUAUCAUACAUCAUGAAAUUGUACCCAUUUUGUUUAUGUUUCUUUGGUUUAUUCCAUAAAUAAAAACGAUGUUCCUUUUCUUUUC